GUACCAUUCCCUCAUAGCUACAAGAGAGACAGUAACACACACACACAAAAACACAUCCUGUCUUUGCCUGAGAGUACACACACACAUCUUCCUUGGCUAGUGUCUCUUCUGAACAACGGACAGCCCUGAUCUCCUGUGAAAGUCCCAAAGUCAGAAUGAGAAUACUCCUUGUCACCCUCCUUUUCCUCCCAUCCCUGAUGGCAUAUAGUUGCCACAGCGACCGAAACAAGGACCACCGCCCUCGUGUGAGCUGCCUGGGUAAAAGCCUGUCCUCUAUUCCUGCAGCAAUAGACCGAAGCACAGAGGUUCUGGUAUUAUCCCAGAACCUGUUUAAGACCCUGAAAUGGGUUGCCUAUGUGGGUUUCCCAGGUCUGCAUGAGUUGGACCUCAGGCACAACCACAUCAGCACACUAGAGAGUUCAGGCACUGUCCUGGGUAAUCUCUCUGUGUUGCAACUUUCCAAUAAUCUGCUGGUAGGGGUGGGGGAGAGGGCGUUUGUGAGCGCCCCCCAGCUGCGAGAGCUGUUCCUACGGGAAAACCGGCUGUGCUCACUCCAUGCCAGCUCCUUUAGUGGUCUACCCAUCCUGGAGGUGCUGGAUCUAUCCCGAAACCAGCUCACCACGCUUCCCCCGGACCUCCUGACCCAGAUCUCAUCCACUACUCUCAAAACACUGGACCUGGAGGACAAUCGGAUCCUGCUGAUGCCCCACAACUGGUUCAGCUCCAAGCCAGAGCUGCCAUACGUCUUCCUGUCCAAGAAUCCCUGGCGCUGCUUUUGCGACGUGGGCUACCUGCAGAUAUACCUGGACGACCAGGCUCACAAUGUUUACUUUCACACAAACCCCCAAAGCACUAAUCCCCUCCAAGACAUCGAGAACAAUGCGGAAAGUGUUGUGUGUGCCAGCCCACCCUCACUGGCAAAACGCCCGAUCAUCGACCUGACUGAGGAGGACUAUUGUGAUUCCGCUCUGCUCUCAGAGGCCACUGCUCCACCUGUAAGGUUUGGGGAUGUGGACAGGUUAGAUAUAGAUAAGGAUGCAAUGGACAUGUCCAGCACUGCUCAAACGACCACAAUAGUUGACCCAAAGACUAACAUCUUCACUGCAACCAAAACCAGCACUACUCUAUCAACUAUUGAGAUAAGGACUACAAGAUCUCCUACAACGACAACCAGCACUACUCUAACAACUGUUGACCUAAGAACUACAAGAUCACCUACAACCACAACCAGCACUACUCAAACAGCCUCAGCAGUUGACCUAAGGACUACAAGAUCUCCUACAACCACAACCAGCACUACUCAAACAGCCUCAACAGUUGACCUAAGGACUACAAUGUCUCCUACAACCAUGACUCCAGCCACACCAUCCACUGCAGUUAAACAUCCCAUCACAACACCAUUCUCUGUCCUGGCUUCAACUUUAAGAGGAAGAAUUAUGAUAUGGACUAGAAGGUGGAUGGUGAGCUGGACAGAGAGCUGGACUGUCCAACAUGCAUGGUCAGAAUUCUCCCCACUCACCUAUCCAGAGCUGACAACACCUAACUGGCCCAGUACCCUACCUCCAGAUCCUAGCACAACAUCUGUGGUCCUCACCACCACCACCAGAGCUUCCACCACAGACCCCACCACCACUCUCCCCUCUACUCCAGCUUCAACCACCACCUCUGCCAUACACUCCAUCUUUGCUGGGUCUCAUGGGGAGCGAGCAGGGGCCAUAAUCUGGUGCACGUGGCUAUUUGCCGGGCUGCUCCUGCUGUGUCUUCUCUCUGCUUUAAGCAGCUGCCUGCUUGGCCUAGGUCUGGCAUGGGCCUACCUCACCCUCUACCGCCCACUAUCCAAGAAAGUUGCCAAUGUUGCGAAUGGCCAAGCCCAGGUCCGCCCUUUGGAUUACCGCACCAAAGCUGGUUCAGAUGGGCUGAGCGGAUAUGGGAUAGCACAUGCACCUGUGGAUGCGUCAGGCGGCGUGCAGGCAACAUUCCGCUCUGUUCUGUUCAUUGCAAAGGGAAGCGAGGGAAAGGAGGUGGAAGAAAAGGAGAAGGGGAACAAGAAAGAGGGGGAUGACAAUGAAAAGGAAAAAGAUCACAGAGAGGGAGAGAGAGAUGGAGGGGCAGCAGUUGCCAGGACACAACUAGGGAUUACCGAUGUGGGAACAGGGGUGGCAGUCGUGAAAUGUAGAAACCACGAAAGAGAAGCGAUAAGGGGGUCGGAGGGUAAAGAAGUGUUCCGGAAGACUCUGUACCGAGUGUUCAGCCGGGAGGAAGAGAUAGAGGGAUGGAGGGAGGUGGAGGAGCACUGGGAGGAGAGACAAGUGGUGAAAGAUGGAGGGGGAGGGGGGGACAACAGGAAGAGUAUAAGCGUGAUGGGAGGAGUGGGUGUGGAGAGAAAGACACGCUACAGCCUGGUCUUGAGAGAGGAGAAAGUGGAGGGUGGACACGGGACACAGGAGAGAGGGAUGGAGUGGCUGGUAGGAGAAUGGGAGAUGGGGGGAAUAGGGGAAGGGAUGAGUGAAAGACAAUGGGCAUCCCUUAUUAGUGGGAUGGGGGAGGAAGGGCCUCUUGUUACAGCCCUAUCACCAAAAGAGGACAUUUGA